GAAAAUGCCGAAAAGAAGGUACCAGAUCAAGCACUCAUGUACAAGGAAACUCGCAAAAGGAAAGAAGGGAAGACUUAUAUGUCAUCUCAUGAGGAAACGGUUCCAGACUCAUUGAAGAGUGAACUUUUGGGAAGAUAUACCAAGAAAAGAAAACAAUCUCUUAAUUGUGGUAGUGGUGGAGUCCUGAUUCCGAAUGAAAUUAUGCAACCGUAUAGAGCUGGGAUUUUAAAAGAGACAGUAGCAGAAGUUAUGAAACUGUUGAAAGAUCAAAUUCCUUCUGAGAUACUUUCAACUAUAGCCUCAUCACUCAAAACACAAUCUUUUGAAGGCAACAAAGAGACUGGACAUUGUCAGGAUGACAUCUUUGACGAUGAUGGAGCAAAUGAUUAUGAUAAAACCAUUCAUGAAAAUGCUGAGAGAAUAGAGAAUGAAGAAGGCGAAGAAGGAGAAGAAGAAAUAGACUGA